GCGCGGCGGCGGGUGGAGCGGUAGUCUGAUCGCUGCUCGGUGGACGCUCAGCUGCAGGACCAUGGACCAGUCAGAGGACGGACUCUCACAGUUCGGUUCCGUUCGAGCAGCUCUCACAUGACCGCAGCCUCCAGGACCCAGUCACUCACAGUGUGUUUGUUCCGCCGCCUGCAAACUGCCGUAAAAUGCUGCCGUGGAAGAAGAACAAGUUCGACCUGAUCGAGGAAGACAAGCAGUCCAAGCAGAAGGGCUAUGCGGUGAGCCUGCACUACUCCGCGCUCACCUCCUUCGCCAAGUCCUGCCCCGAGAGCGCGCUCAACCGGGUGGGCAGCAUGUUCAAGUCCAAGAGGAAAAAGGUGAAGAUCACCAGCGAGGACCCCACCUACACGGUGCUGUACCUGGGCAACGCCACCACCAUCCAGUCCAAGGGCGACGGCUGCACGGACGUGGCGGUGAGCAAGAUCUGGGGCAAGAGCGAGAUGGGCAAGAACGGAACCAAGAUGCGGCUCACGGUCAGCUCGCAGGGCAUCCGGAUGGUGCACGUGGACGACAAGGCCCGCCGGCCGGGACACCUGUACCUGCUGCACCGGAUCACCUACUGCGUGGCCGACCCGCGGCUGCCCAAGAUCUUUGCGUGGAUUUACCGGCACGAGAUGAAGCACAAAGCCGUGAUGCUGCGCUGCCACGCGGUGCUCGUGUCCAAGCCGGAGAAGGCGAAGGCCAUGGCGCUGCUGCUGUACCAGACCUCCGCCACGGCGCUGGCCGAGUUCAAGCGGCUGAAGCGGCGCGACGACGCGCGGCACCAGCAGCAGCAGCUGAUCGGGGAGCAGACCAUCCCGCUGGUGCCGCUCCGGAAGCUGCUCAACGGACAGUGCUACUACAAGCCGCCGGUGGAGCGCAGCCGCAGCGCGCCCAAGCUGGGCUCCAUCACGGAGGACUCGGUGGGAGAGGAGGAGGAGGAGAAGGCGAUGCACUUCGAGUGCGAGGACGUUCUGGACACUGAGCCGGACGGAGUCGGCACCGGGAAGCCGGAGCUGACCCAGCUCAUCAACGACCUGGGCGAGAUGAGCAUCGGCAACGACGUGCAGACUCUGAAAGCGGACCUGCGGGUCACCAGGCUGCUGUCCGGGGAGAGCACCGGCUCCGAGUCGUCCAUAGAGAGCCAGAACCAGGAGCCUCCGCCGCUCGGUACCGGGCCGGAGGAGGUGAAGCUGCAGGAAACCGCCUGAGGGACUUUGGGCACCUGUGCGCCUCUGAGCCGCCAAAAGUUCUCUGUUGGACAGAGUUGGUCUUCACUCAGACCCACACAAGGCUACUGGACGGUAACGGCCCGGUGCGCGUCUGGCAGAACCGACAGAACCCGGUGCACGUGUGGCAGAACCGACAGAACACGGUGCACGUCCGGCAGAACCGACAGAACCCGGUGCGCCUCCGGACUCUGAGAGGAUUGUUGUAGCAUCCAGUCUGUUUACCUGACGUUUGUUUUCUCACUUGAAAACAGCAUUUUUCUGCUGAAACUUGCUGAUCACGACCCAAAACCAACAUUCCGUUUGUGUUCUGCAGCGGUUCGGGUCGUCUGGACCCGGUCCUCCGGUCUCGUUAUUUUGCACUGUGGUGACGUUGAGUAUUACUACAUGUACAGGAGUCUGUUGUCUCAGACAUGAAUGUUUAUCUUUGCUGUGCAAAAGAAGAACUACUUUCUGUAAGAAGAUGUAAAACGAAAUGUUUUAAGUAUAAAUCUGUUAUUUUCUAAAGAACCUGGUUUGUUCUGUGAACCUCAUGGACUUCUGAAUAAAAAGUCAAAUGCUUGAAGUGGA